UAUAAAUGCAUUUAUCGUAAUUCAGCAAUUAAGAGUCGCAAGCAGGUAGAGAAGUCCUCCCAUACCAACAAAAUAACACACAAAGGCCGAUCUUUGGGCUGUCGUCGCUCUGGCAAGUUGCAACUGUCUUGCUUUUCGAUUCCGGCGAGAUUGCUCCGUCGGGUUUUCAGAUCGAGCUCUUCGUUUUCAGCUAUAAUUUACUUUGGCUGGGCCCUGCGUUGUGAAACUACAAGAGGAAGAUGUUUGGCUCAUCUAAUCCUUUCGGACAGUCAUCGACUAGCAGCCCAUUUGGGUCGCAAUCUUUGUUCGGUCAGACAAGCAAUUCAAGUAGUAAUAAUCCCUUUGCCCCAGCAACACCCUUUGGCACCUCUACACCUUUUGCUGCACAGACAGGGAGUUCGAUAUUUGGAGGCAAUUCAACUGGUGUGUUUGGUGCACCUCAAGCCUCCUCUCCAUUCGCCUCCACCACAACUUUUGGAGCUUCUUCAUCUCCAGCAUUUGGGAAUUCCACUCCGGCCUUUGGAGCAUCUCCAGCUUCUUCACCUUUUGGUGGGUCUUCUGCUUUUGGGCAGAAACCUUUGGGAUUUUCAACGCCUCAGUCGAAUCCUUUUGGUAGCACAGCGCAGCAAUCGCAACCUGCAUUUGGAAACAGCACUUUUGGUUCAUCUACACCUUUUGGUGCCACGAGCACACCUGCCUUCGGUGCAUCAAGCACGCCUUCCUUCGGUGCUACAAGCACACCCUCGUUUGGUGCAUCAAGCACGCCUGCCUUUGGUGCCACAAGCACGCCUGCCUUCGGCGCCUCAAACCAGCCUUCCUUUGGCGUCGCAAGCACACCUGCAUUUGGCACGUCACCGACUCCAGCCUUUGGCAACACUGGCACCACGUUUGGCAACACUGGCUUUGGUUCUGGAGGUGCUUUUGGAGCUUCAAGCACCCCUGCUUUUGGUUCAUCAGGUACUCCUGCCUUUGGGGCAUCAAGUACUCCUGCCUUUGGGGCAUCCACUACUCCUACUUUUGGUGCAUCGAAUACCUCCUCCUUCAGUUUUGGCUCCUCCCCAGCGUUUGGCCAGUCCACAUCAGCAUUUGGCAGCAGCGCAUUUGGCUCUACGCCAUCUCCCUUUGGAGCUCAAGGUGCGCAGGCUUCAACCCCAACAUUUGGAGGUUCUGGUUUUGGUCAAUCACCAUUCGGUGGUCAACAACAAGGAGGCAGUCGAGCCGUGCCUUAUGCACCGACAGUUGAGGCAGACACAGGCACCGGUACUCAGCCUGCUGGAAAGUUGGAAUCUAUUUCUGCCAUGCAGGCAUACAAAGAUAAAAGUCAUGAGGAGCUGAGGUGGGAAGACUACCAGCGAGGAGAUAAAGGUGGACCAAAUCCAGCUGGCCAGUCUCCUGGAAAUGCCGGAUUUGGUGUAUCAGCUGCUCAGCCAAAUCCUUUUUCUCCAUCACCGGCGUUUGGUCAGACACCAGCAAAUCCAACAAACCCUUUUCCGAGCGCAACAUCUACCAACCCUUUUGCCCCUCAAACCCCAACAAUUGCCAGUUCGGGCUUUGGAGCGGCUACCUCAAAUUUUGGUUCCUCGCCCUUUGGUGUAACAAAUUCAUCCAAUCUUUUUGGGUCAACUUCAUCAACUACCACAUCCGUUUUUGGAUCAUCCUCCGCUUUUGGAACAACGACAUCAUCGCCGUUAUUCGGUUCAUCAAGCACUCCUGGAUUUGGGUCUUCUUCAUCAAUCUUUGGUUCAGCUCCUGCUCAGGGUGCAACUCCAGCAUUUGGCAACACCCAGUCAUCUAGUCUGUUCAGCUCAAACCCCUCGACCGGGCAGACUGGUUCUGCAUUUGGACAGACUGGUUCUGCUUUUGGACAGUUUGGACAGAGUAGUGCUCCUGCAUUUGGCCAAACUAACAUUUUCAACAAACCUUCCACUGGAUUUGGCAACAUGUUUUCAAGCUCUUCAACAUUAACCACGUCUAGCAGCUCUCCCUUUGGACAAACAACGCCUGCUGGUAUGACACCCUUUCAGACAGCUCAGCCAGUUCAAACAUCAAAUGCUUUUGGUUUCAACAACUUUGGUCAAACGCAAGCAGCUAAUGGGACUGGAAAUGCUGGUGGACUGGGAUUUUUUGGUCAAGGCAACUUCGGGCAAACGCCUGCUGCUCCGCAGAACUCUGUUGUUUUGCAACCGGUUGCUGUUACAAAUCCAUUUGGAACGCUUCCUGCUAUGCCUCAGAUUUCAAUAAAUCAAAGUGGAAAUUCACCUUCGAUUCAAUAUGGAAUCUCCAGCAUGCCUGUUGUUGACAAACCUGCUCCUGUUAGAAUAUCAUCUCUCCUGACUUCUCGACACCUUUUACAAAGGCGGGUCAGGUUACCAGCAAGAAAGUACCGUCCUGGCGACAAUGGUCCAAAGGCACGCUUCUGUCUUGUUCCAUUUUUCACUGAUGACGAGGAGACCUCAAGUACACCGAAGGCGGAUGCUCUUUUCAUUCCAAGGGAGAACCCUAGAGCUCUGGUUAUACGCCCAGUUCAACAGUGGUCUUCAAGGGACAAAUCAACAAUUCCAAAGGACCGCCCCACUGCUCCACUACAUGACAAUGGUAAUAAUCAAAACAUUGCUGGUGAUGCAGCAAACCAUGACAUAAAUGAUAACGGAGAAGUUGGUUCUGCCGGAGAAAGAACUCAUCAAUCAGUCAAUGGAAAUCAGAAAUCGAACGGCACAACACGCACAGAUCACGCUGGAGAGAAAGACCGUUCCUACAGAACACUAGGCGGACACAGAGCCGGAGAAGCCGCCAUUGUUUACGAGCACGGUGCGGAUAUCGAGGCGCUAAUGCCAAAGCUACGUCAAUCCGAUUAUUUUACCGAGCCACGAAUCCAGGAACUAGCGGCUAAGGAAAGAGCGGAUCCAGGUUACUGCAGGCGGGUUAGAGACUUUGUAGUGGGACGACACGGUUAUGGGAGCAUAAAGUUCAUGGGAGAGACGGAUAUUCGUAGGCUAGAUUUGGAAUCUCUGGUUCAGUUCAAUAACCGGGAAGUGAUUGUAUACAUGGACGAGAGCAAGAAACCGGCGGUUGGGCAAGGUUUGAAUAAACCGGCGGAGGUAACACUGCUGAAUAUAAAAUGUGUGGAUAAGAAGACAGGGAAACAGUUCACUGAAGGAGAGAGAGUGGAGAAGUAUAAGACUAUGCUUAAGAGGAAAGCUGAGGCACAAGGAGCUGAGUUCGUGUCGUUUGAUCCAGUGAAAGGCGAGUGGAAGUUCCGGGUCGAUCAUUUUAGUUCAUAUAAGCUCGACGAUGAAGACGACGAUGGAGUUUACUAGGGUCUCAUCUCAGUGUUUCACUGUUGGAAUUGUGCAGUAGGAGAUAGUUUCCUACUCCACUGGUUGUGUGUUUCUUAUACCUUUUCUUCUUACGUUUGUUGUUGUUCCCUUAUAAUUUUCUCUGUUUUAUUAGAAUCUCAUCUCAGUGGUACACUGUUGGGUUUGUGUAUUAGUAU